CUUCAUGUCUGAUGUCAAUAAAAUUUUGAAUUGGUUGAUUGUAAUUUUUUUCUAAAUAAAUUAGCAAGAAUCAGUAUUAAUUUGAAUUAAUAGUAUAAUUAUUUAAGAUAUUCACAUUCAGUGCAAGCCCUUGUACUUCGUUUAUCUAAUUUUAAAGUGGGUGAACGCCCAUAUCCCAUAACAGGCUUUCGCCGCUCCAUAAGAAUUUCCAUUUUCCCGUGACACAAGAAAGUUUUUUGCCACGUUCUGUCGGCUUUUUUAAAUCCCUGUUACAUCAGAAUGUUAUAUAUUUAAAGGAAGCGAAUAAAAAGAUACAAAAAUGUCGAGCAUGUCAGAUCGUAAAGCUGAGCUGGAGCGCAAGAAGGCGAAGCUCCAGGCGCUCCGCGAGGAGAAGGAUCGCCGCAGGAGGGAGAAGGAGCAGAGGGAUGCGGAGGAAGUGAUGAUACGUGCAGCGAACACGUCAAGCCUCGACAGCCGGCGGGAUCUCGACGAGAUGCUCUCUUCCCUGGGUGUGGCUCCCGUUAAGGAUGUACUGUCGUCACUAUCCUCGAUGACGUCACUAACCCCGCCGCAAACCGCUUCCCCGGACGCUAGUCUACCACAUACGGAUAAAGCCAGCUUGCCACCACAUGGACUGGUGAAGAAAUCAACGCAACUAUUGGUUGUCUCCGUACAGUCUACAGACAUUCCGCCAAAAGAGAACGUCACGUAUGCGAAGCAGACCCAGACCACGACGUCGGGGGUCACUGAACUGCGUGAUGGCUGCUCUUCCAAUGCAUCACCGCUUGCAGGAUACAUGGAGGACUGGUGGCGGCCACGGAAAGCCCACGCGACAGACUACUACGACGAGUACAAUCUAAACCCGGGUUUAGAGUGGGAGGACGAGUUCACAGUGCUUACAUUCGACGGGGACGGCGCGCGGCAAGGUGACGAAGAGGACGCGGCGUUCCACGGCAAGCUGCCGCCGGGCAUCCUGCCGCACGGCCUGCCCACCGUCAAGGAGGUGCAGCCGGCCGUCACCGCCGCGCCGCAGGAGAAGAAGGAGGAGGAGAAGGAGAAGAAGAUCCGCGAGCUGAGCAACGAUGAGAAGCAGACGAUAAUGCUGUCGGCGGAGUUCCAGAAGUUCGUGAGCCGCGCCGGCCGCGUCAUCGAGCGAGCGCUCGCGGAGAGCGUCGACAUCUACACGGACUACACCGGCGGGGGGGAUAACGAGAACGCGCAGGACGACAAGUCGGACGCGCGUCUAUCCCUGGUGCGCACGUUCUACGACGAGCGGUGGUCGCGCGGGCGCUGCGUCACGUGCGUGGACUGGUCCUCCGCGCACCCGGAGCUCAUGCUGGCCGCGUACCACAACAGUGACGACGCCCCGCACGACCCGGACGGGGUCUGCCUCGUGUGGAACACCAAGUUCAAGAAGUCCACCCCGGAGGAUAUAUUCCACUGCCAGUCGCCGGUCAUGAGCGCCACUUUCGCCAGGUUCCACCCCAACUUGAUCCUGGGGGGUACAUACUCUGGUCAAAUCGUGCUGUGGGACAACCGCGUGCAGAAGCGAACGCCUAUACAAAGGUCGCCUCUAUCUUCACUAGCACAUACUCACCCAGUCUACUGCCUCUCCGUGGUAGGCAGUCAGAACGCACACAACCUGAUCUCCGUGUCCACGGACGGGCGCAUGUGUUCCUGGUCCCUGGACAUGCUCUCGCAGCCGCAGGAGACCCUGGAGCUGCAGCACCGCCAGAGCAAGGCGGUGGCUGUCACCUCCAUGGGCUUCCCGCAUGGGGAUGUGAACAAUUUUGUGCUGGGAAGUGAAGACGGGAACGUGUAUACGGGCUGCCGGCACGGGCAGCGCGCGGGCGUGGCGGAGUGCGUGGAGGCGCACGCGGGCGCGGUGACGGCGGUGUCGUGCCACGCGGCCGCCGGCCCGCUCGACCUCUCGCACCUCUACCUCACCGCCUCCGUCGACUGGAGCGUCAAGCUGUGGAGCCUCAAGGAGUCGAAAGCGUUGUACUCGUUCGAGGACAGCGGCGACUACGUGUCGGACGCGCGCUGGUCGCCCGUGCACCCGGCGCUGUUCGCGGCCGUGGACGCGGCGGGCCGGUUGGACUUGUGGAACCUGAACCGGGAUACUGAGGUGCCGAUAGCGUCCAUAAACGCGGAGGAAGGAGCGGCGUUCAACCGCGUGUCGUGGUCGCCGAGCGGCUCGCUGCUCACCGCCGGGGACGACGCCGGCAAGAUUUGGGUCUACGAGCUCGCUGAGCAAGUGUACCAGCCGCGUCACGACGAGUGGACGAAGCUGGUGUACACGCUGCAAGAGCUGCGCAACAACCAGAUGGACGAGGAGACCGACCGGCUCAGCGUCGCCAGCGGCCCGCCCUCGCUCGGCGCCAACCCGCUCAGAUAACUGAUGCGCUGGGACAUUCGCUGCGGGUGGAAACUAUAGGGCACAGGAAUUACUGAUUGAUACGAAUGAGACUAAACAGAGAUGGUCGGAUUUUGUUCAUUUUAUAGCAGCUCGUACGUUUACUUUGUUUUUUAAGUCUGAAAUAUUCUUUUGGUGCGAAUAUUUUAAGUUUUAUUUAAUUAGAUUUAAGUGUAUGUUUUGCAAUCUUUGAGAUUAAGUUUUUUUGUAUAAUUUGGGAAGUAAAAAUUCGGCUACGCUUGUAUGUCAUUUUAUGUGAAUUGAUUGAUGUGUCGAUAUUUCAUUGUUGAUUAUACCUAUAUAGCAUAUCUAUCGUGUCGUAGAAUUUUAAAUUUUUUAAUAAAAAGACAGUAAAUUAUUUUUAUAUAAAUGAAUAAUUAAUAAUGAAUUGUUGACAUUGCAAGACGCCACCCCAGUAAUGGAUGAAAUUCAAAUCUACUCAAGUAUUAAAUACUAUUGAUAUUCUUAUUAGUAAAUGUUAAAAUUAUUGUCUCCAAUCUAUCUCAAAUUAUGCUACAAAGGUUAACACAAUUAAUCUAUAACUAGUGAAUAUUCAUGUGCAUUUAUUAAUAAUGCAACCAACUGUUUUAAACUCUAAGUAGACCAUAGACGUUACUACUAUAACAAUCCAUUUAAAAAAAUAAACCAUAAAAGUCGAUAAAUUUACGUAAAAUAAUGCACGCAUAUUAAACAACUAUCUCUUUCUAAACGUUAAUAAUUGAAUAUACAUUAUUAAUAGACAAUUUGUAUUCUGUUAUUUGUCUAUAUCUAUACCAAAAGCACAAGAUCUUAAAAAUUUACGAAUCAUAGACAAUAUAAUACUAUCAUACUCUCUAUUGGAUAUCCUUCGAUAAUAAUAAAAUCCUAGUUUAGAACGCUGUUUAUAAAAAGGUGUAAUUAUUGUUAACAAACAUGUUAUAUGUGUAAAAUUAUUUAUUUUAAACAGGUAUAAGUUUAGUUGAUCUAUUACUGUAGUACUUAUGCUUGUAACAGAAUAAAUGUAUUGCUUAUGCA